AUGCUGGAGAGCGUAAGCGCAUUUGAUAGUACGAAAAAGGGGAGCGAUAAGAAACAAAAUAAGGGUAUAGCGCAUGUUACAGGUGAUUCCAAGUUAAGCUGUCCUGUAUGCAAAGGAAAUUAUAAAAUCUAUCUGUGCGAUACGUUCAAGAGUUUAGCUGUAAAAUCGAGAGUAGCUGAAGUAUACAAGUUGAAACUAUGCCUAAAUUGUUUAUAUUCGAAUCACAUGGUUAGAGAUUGUAAGUCCGGUCUUUGUAGGUAUUGUAGUAAGAAACAUUAUUCGCUGCUACAUUAUAACACAAAUGAUAAUACAAGUAAAGGCGAAAGUGAGAGGAGCCUCGAGACAAACAUAGAGAAGGAUAAAACUAGCGAGGCAACUGCGAAUUUGGUAGUAACGUGUGCAUCGAAAGGUACAAAUCCCGAAAUCCUGUUAUCAACGGCGUGUGUGUGUAUUGCUGAUCAAAAUGGAAGGCUGCAUAACGCACGGGCCUUACUAGAUAAUGCGUCUACAUUUAACUUCAUAACUUCUGAGUUGCUAAACAAACUAAACUUAAAGACACUGAAAAGGGCCGGGAGGGUAACUGGUUUUCGAGGAAACACCACACUCACAAGCGAAGUAGUAACAGCGAGGAUUAAUUCGAAAACGUCCAAUUAUUCGGAGUUCAUAAGAUUCACAGUGAUUGAUCAAAUUACUAGUAAAAUACCAGACAAUCGAGUAGAGAUAUCCAAAUUGCGAUUACCUGCAUCUAUUUCUGUCUCCCAAUUAGCUGAUCCUACCUUCCAUAUACCACAAAUAGACUUGCUGUUGGGGAAUGUCUGUGUUUUGGAAUAUUCUACAAGGGAGAAGAAUUCAGCUGAGCGAAGAUCAACCAAUCUUCCAGAAAACCAAUUUGGGUUGGAUCAUAGAAGGAGAAAUGACACCAACAGGAGUUUAACACCAGAGGAGGUAGCUUGUGAAAAACACUUCGACGCAACUACAUGUCGAGAUGAAGAAGGGAGAUUCGUAGUAUUCCUGCCAAUAAAAGGAGAUAUCAAGACCUUAGGUCAUUCCGAGUACAACGCCAAGAGAAGAUUAAAAGCAAUGGAGCGUAAAUUCGAGACUCGGUAUUACACCAUCGGUAUUUAG